CGGGGCGCUAAGGCUCUGGCGGCGGCUGCAGCUACCUCAGCGCUCGCUCUGCUCCCUAGGACGUGUCGGGCUCCCCGGGUUGGGGGCGGCUCCCUUCCGCUUCGGAGCUGAGUCGGCUUUCGACGACUGCAGGCAGACCACUGCCCUCCAGAAACGAUGGGUGUCGCUAGACCCACCUGGGAUUCUGCCAGGCUCCAGCACUCAGCCUAAGCGAAGGGCCCUCUUCCAGCCCUGCUCUGUCUGCCUGUCAUGGCCACACUUGGCUGCUGCCUGCUUGUCUGGGGACAUAGGGCACCCAGCCCCAGCCCUGAGAGGUUAAGCCAGGCCCUCUGGCUCCAUUCCACAGGGGCGCUCCGGGCACCAGGCCCCUUUCAGAGCAAGAGCAACUGAUGCCAUGGGAGAAGCCCCCACCCACCUGUCCACUCGCCUGGCGCAGCCUGCUCUGAGACCCAGGCACUGGGUCCCCCUGGAGGUGCCAACCCUGUGAACUUCUCCCCUGUCCCCCGACGCUGAGAAGGCCCCGCCCACCCCCACCAUGUGUGAGGUGAUGCCCACAAUCAAUGAGGGGGACCCCCUGGGCCCCCCCCAUGGCACCGAUGCUGACGCCAACUUUGAGCAGCUGAUGGUGAACAUGCUGGAUGAGCGGGAGAAGUUGCUGGAGUCCCUUCGGGAGAGUCAGGACACCUUGGCAGCCACACAGAGCCGGCUCCAGGACGCCCUGCAUGAGCGGGACCAGCUCCAGCGCCACCUUAACUCCGCCCUCCCCCAGGAAUUUGCCACCUUGACCCGGGAGCUGAGCAUGUGUCGGGAGCAGCUUCUAGAAAGGGAGGAAGAGAUAUCAGAGCUGAAAGCAGAACGGAAUAACACAAGGUUGCUUCUGGAACAUCUGGAGUGCCUGGUGUCCCGCCACGAGCGGUCGCUGCGGAUGACUGUGGUGAAGCGCCAGGCCCAGUCGCCUUCGGGGGUCUCCAGUGAGGUGGAGGUGCUGAAGGCCCUCAAGUCGCUGUUUGAGCACCACAAGGCCCUGGAUGAGAAGGUGCGGGAGCGGCUCCGAGCGGCCCUGGAGCGAGUUACCACCUUGGAAGAGCAACUGGCAGGGGCCCACCAGCAGGUGUCUGCCCUGCAGCAGGGGGCAGGGGUUCGGGAUGGAGUGGCAGAAGAGGAGGGGACGGUGGAGCUGGGACCAAAGCGCCUGUGGAAGGUGGGUCACGGGGAUCUGCAUGGCAGGGGCAGGGCCGCCCCCAGACGGGACGUGAGGGCACUGACGGAUGGCUCACUGUCCCUGGAGGAUGACACGGGCCGGGUAGAGGAGCUGCAGGAGCUCCUGGAGAAGCAGAACUUUGAGUUGAGCCAGGCUCGGGAGCGACUGGUCACCCUGACGGCAACAGUGGCCGAGCUUGAGGAGGACCUGGGCACGGCCCGCCGGGACCUCAUCAAGUCGGAGGAGCUGAGCAGCAAGCAUCAGCGGGACCUCCGGGAGGCUCUGGCCCAGAAGGAAGACAUGGAGGAGAGAAUCACAACACUCGAGAAGCGCUACCUGGCUGCACAGCGUGAGGCCACCUCCAUCCAUGACCUCAAUGACAAACUGGAGAAUGAGCUGGCCAAUAAGGAGUCCUUGCACCGCCAGUGCGAGGAGAAGGCCCGGCACCUGCAGGAGCUGCUGGAGGUGGCAGAGCGGAAGCUGCAGCAGACCAUGCGCAAGGCCGAGACGCUGCCGGAGGUGGAGGCUGAGCUGGCUCAGAGGAUUGCAGCCCUCACCAAGGCUGAAGAAAGGCACGGCAGCAUUGAGGAGCACCUGCGGCAGCUGGAGGGGCAGCUGGAGGAGAAGAACCAGGAGCUGGCGAGGGUGCGCCAGCGGGAGAAGAUGAACGAGGACCACAACAAGCGGCUGUCAGACACCGUGGACCGGCUGCUCAGCGAGUCCAACGAGCGCCUAGACCUGGGGGGACAGACUUGGGGAGGCUGGAGAAGGGAGGAGCAGGAGGGGCGAGGAGGGAACACGUUGAUCCAGGAGCUGGAGAGCUCCCAGCGGCAGAUCGAGGAGCAGCACCGACACAAGGGCCGCCUGUCUGAAGAGAUUGAGAAGCUGCGCCAAGAGGUGGACCAGCUGAAGGGUCGAGGGGGGCCGUUUGUGGAUGGCGUCCACUCCAGGUCGCACACGGGCAGUGCAGCGGACGUGCGGCUCUCCCUGAGCACAACCACCCACGCGCCCUCAGGCCUGCACCGCCGCUACUCAGCACUGCGGGAGGAGUCUGCCAAGGACUGGGAGCCCUCUCCACUGCCUGGGGUGCUGGCCCCCACAGCUGCCCCUGCCUUUGACAGUGACCCCGAGAUCUCUGACGUGGAUGAGGAUGAGCCAGGGGGUCUGGUGGGCUCUGUGGAUGUUGUCUCCCCCAGCGGCCACUCGGAUGCCCAGACUCUGGCCAUGAUGCUGCAGGAGCAGCUGGAUGCCAUCAACGAGGAGAUCAGGAUGAUCCAGGAAGAGAAGGAGUCCACGGAGCUGCGUGCUGAGGAGAUCGAGACUCGGGUGACCAGUGGCAGCAUGGAGGCCCUCAACCUGACCCAGCUGCGCAAACGUGGUUCCAUCCCCACCUCUCUGACGGCCCUGUCCCUGGCCAGUGCGUCGCCUCCGCUCAGCGGCCGCUCCACGCCUAAGCUUACCUCCCGCAGCGCUGCCCAGGACCUGGACCGAAUGGGGGUCAUGACCCUGCCCAGUGACUUAAGAAAGCAUAGGAGGAAGCUGCUGUCGCCAGUGUCUCGGGAAGAGAACCGAGAGGAUAAAGCCACCAUAAAAUGUGAGACUUCUCCUCCUUCCUCACCCAGGACGCUGCGGCUAGAGAAGCUUGGCCAUCCAGCCCUGAGCCAGGAAGAAGGCAAAAGUGCUUUGGAGGAUCAAGGCAGCAACCCGAGCAGCAGCAACAGCAGCCAGGACUCCUUGCACAAGGGCGCCAAGCGCAAGGGCAUCAAGUCGUCCAUCGGCCGCCUGUUUGGGAAGAAGGAGAAGGGCCGGCUAAUCCAGCUGAGCCGGGAUGGAGCCACGGGCCAUGUUCUGCUAACAGACUCCGAGCUUGGUCUGCAGGAGCCCAUGGUGCCUGCCAAGCUGGGGACCCAGGCAGAGAAGGACCGGCGGCUGAAGAAGAAACACCAGCUGCUUGAAGAUGCCCGAAGAAAAGGAAUGCCUUUUGCCCAGUGGGAUGGCCCUACUGUGGUCUCCUGGCUGGAGCUCUGGGUGGGGAUGCCUGCCUGGUACGUGGCAGCCUGCCGGGCCAACGUCAAGAGCGGUGCCAUCAUGUCGGCCCUGUCGGACACAGAGAUCCAGCGUGAGAUCGGCAUCAGCAAUGCCCUGCACCGGCUCAAGCUCCGGCUGGCUAUCCAGGAGAUGGUGUCGCUGACCAGCCCCUCCGCCCCGCCCACCUCCAGGACUUCUUCCGGGAAUGUCUGGGUCACCCAUGAAGAGAUGGAAACUCUGGCAACACCCACUAAAACAGACAGUGAGGAGGGCAGCUGGGCUCAGACCCUGGCCUAUGGGGACAUGAACCACGAGUGGAUCGGGAACGAAUGGCUGCCCAGCCUGGGGCUCCCCCAGUACCGCAGCUACUUCAUGGAGUGCCUGGUGGACGCUCGCAUGCUGGACCACCUCACCAAGAAGGACCUGCGGGUGCACUUGAAGAUGGUGGACAGUUUCCACCGAACCAGUCUUCAGUACGGCAUCAUGUGUCUGAAGAGGCUGAAUUAUGACCGGAAGGAGCUGGAGAAAAGGCGGGAGGAAAGCCAGCACGAGAUCAAGGAUGUGCUCGUCUGGACAAACGACCAGGUGGUUCACUGGGUCCAGUCCAUUGGGCUGCGGGAUUACGCAGGAAACCUGCAGGAGAGCGGUGUGCAUGGUGCCCUGCUGGCCCUGGACGAGAACUUUGACCACAACACGCUGGCCCUGGUCCUCCAGAUCCCCACGCAGAAUACCCAGGCACGCCAGGUGAUGGAGAGAGAGUUCAACAACCUGUUGGCCUUGGGCACAGACCGGAAGCUGGAUGAUGGCGAGGACAAGGUGUUCCGGCGCGCGCCGUCCUGGAGGAAGCGCUUCCAA